GGCAAAGGGCGGAGUCAGGGAAUCCAAACCCAGGGUAAAUAAAGGGAGUGUCACCCCGUCCAAGGCCCCUGAGACCUAGAGACUCCCGCCUCCCAGAGGCCCGCAACGAAGCGCUGAGUCACGCUGACUGACGGUAGGCGCUCAGCAAACUCGUCAGUGUGCUGUGUCCCUGCCACCGCGGAGACUAGGCACGGCCUGGCUGUGGCCUCCCUCCUGAGCCUGCGCUACUGCCGACUCAGCACCAGAACAUUCUUUACAACAUUCAAAAUGGCAUCCUCUAAGAAGGUUACUCUCUCAGUGCUCAGCCGGGAGCAGCCAGAGGGGGUUGGAGCACGGGUCCGCAGAAGCAUUGGCAGACCUGAGUUGAAAAAUCUGGAUCCAUUUUUACUGUUUGAUGAAUUUAAAGGAGGAAGGCCAGGAGGAUUUCCUGAUCAUCCACACCGAGGUUUUGAAACAGUGUCAUAUCUUCUGGAAGGAGGCAGUAUGGCCCACGAAGACUUCUGUGGACAUGUUGGUAAAAUGAACCCAGGAGACCUCCAGUGGAUGACUGCAGGCCGGGGCAUUCUGCAUGCUGAGAUGCCCUGUUCAGAGGAGCCAGCCCAUGGCUUACAACUAUGGGUGAAUCUGAGACGUUCUGAAAAGAUGGUGGAGCCUCAGUACCAAGAACUGAAAAGUGAGGAGAUACCGAAACCCACCAAGGAUGGUGUGACAGUCGCUGUCAUUUCAGGAGAAGCCUUGGGGAUAAAGUCUAAGGUUUACACUCGCACACCAACCUUAUAUCUGGACUUCAAGUUGGACCAAGGAGCAAAGCAUUGCCAGCCUAUUCCUAAAGGGUGGACAAGCUUCAUUUAUACCAUCUCUGGAGAUGUAUAUAUUGGGCCUGAUGAUGCUCAACAAAAGAUAGAACCCCAUCACACAGCAGUACUUGGAGAAGGUGACGGUGUCCAGGUGGAAAAUAAGGACCCCCAAAGAAGCCAUUUUGUCUUAAUUGCUGGGGAGCCGUUAAGAGAACCAGUUGUCCAACAUGGUCCGUUUGUGAUGAAUACCAAUGAGGAAAUUUCUGAGGCCAUCCUUGACUUCAGGAAUGCAAAAAACGGUUUCGAAGGGGCCAAAACCUGGAAGUCAAAGAUUGGAAACCAAUGAAGAGCUGAAAUUCUGCCAUCUGGAUGGACUGACCAUUCAAUUUCCAAAGCUGGUUUAGCUGGUGCUUCAAAAGAAUUCCACAUUUAGCUGGGUGUAGUGGUGCAAGCAAGCCUUUAAUCUCAGAAGUCUAGGCGUCAGAAACAUGGGGAUCUCUGAGUUUCAAGCUAGCCUGGUCUACAGAGUGAGUUCCAGGACAGCCAGGGCUGCACCCGGAAGCCCUGUCUUGAAAACCCAAAAAUAAAAAUAAAAUAAUUCCACAUUAAAAUGAAAAGAUGUUUUUGU